AUGCCUGCUUACAACUCUACGUUUCCUUCAGACCCACAGACGGACAGAAUGGUCGGGAACUUGGUUCUCUUGCCAUUGAACACCAAGUUUAGAGGGCCUGCUUACCAGGCCAACUCGGACUACGAUAUCGUGGACGAGUGUCUAGACUUGUUCAGGGCAAACUCUUUCUUCAAGAACUUCGAGAUCAAGACCAAUUCCGAUAGAUUGCUCAUAUACGGCAUCCUGUACAUCAACGACUGUCUCAAUCACUUGAAACAGACCACCUCACACAACGAGGCCAUCAAAGUGCUAACAAACCUAGCUCUGGAUGACUUCAGUCUACCGGGCACGUCCGGCUUCCCACUGAACUCAGUCUACUCCAUCCCAACGGCCGACCACAACGCAAUGGAACUGCUGAAGUCCUACCUACAACAAUUCCGCCAGGAACUAGCAUCAAGACUCAUCGAACGUAUCUACGCGGAGUCCCAGGACCACCCUUCGAAGUUCUGGCUCGCAUUCACAAGGAGAAAGUUCAUGAACAAGUCAUUGUGA